AUGACACCCCCACACUCAGGGAGCCCCCAGCAGAGGCCAGGCCAUAGCGAUGAGAUCCGUGAGGCCUUCAAGGUGUUUGACCGUGACGGCAAUGGCUUCAUCUCCAAGCAGGAGCUGGGCACAGCCAUGCGCUCCCUGGGCUACAUGCCCAAUGAGGUGGAGCUGGAAGUUAUCAUCCAGCGCCUGGACAUGGACGGUGAUGGCCAAGUAGACUUUGAGGAGUUUGUGACCCUUCUGGGACCAAAGCUCUCCACCUCAGGGAUCCCAGAGAAGUUCCAUGGCACUGACUUUGACACCGUUUUCUGGAAGUGCGACAUGCAGAAGCUGACAGUGGACGAGCUGAAGCGGCUGCUCUACGACACCUUCUGUGAGCACCUGUCCAUGAAGGACAUAGAGAAUAUCAUCAUGACAGAGGAGGAGAGCCACCUGGGCACGGCUGAGGAGUGUCCUGUGGACGUGGAGACCUGCUCCAACCAGCAGAUCCGCCAGACAUGCGUGCGCAAGAGUCUGAUCUGCGCCUUUGCCAUCGCCUUCAUCAUCAGUGUCAUGCUCAUCGCGGCCAACCAGGUGCUGCGCAGCGGCAUGAAAUAGGCGCCACCUGGAUGCCCUGUCUGGCGCAUGCGGUGCCCGGGGCCCUCUCUACAUCCACCGCCGCCUACAGCCCACUCCCUCAUCCGGCUCCAGGCCACCAUCUGUGCGUACUUCAGGGCCUGGAUGUCUGGCGACCCCACCCCACCUACCCCAUGGGCCUUGCAUGGAGCCGUGGCCUGGCUGUGGAGGACCUGAUGGCGGCUCUGAGGAUGGCCCCAGCCUUGCCUAAACCCUGACCAUGCCCCCACCCUGACCUGUAUGUAGCACUAACUCUUCCUGCUGUCCAGGGGCUCCUGGGAAAUUAAGGAGGGAUUUGUACAGGAACCCCCAGGACCUGAUCACUGCUGUGGUCCCUUAAGCAGGAGGGGACACCCUGUGCUCAGAAGGGGCAGCUGCCUGCCCAGAGCCACAUGGCCAACCCUGGCCCUGGUCCUUGAGGUUUGCCCAGGGCUGUGGGCAGGGUGGAAGAGGAGGGGCAGAAAGCCUCCUCUUGUGCUAGGGCACAAGGCUGGGGGCUCCUGGGCCCUGCUCCUGGCAUGGCCUGAGGAGGCUCUGGUCUUCUUCUGGGUCCUUUCCUCUGACACUCCUUAAAUCCAAACCCAGCCCUCCUUCUCUAUGCACCUGCUGGGGCCAGAGCCAGCCCAUUUCACAGGUGAGGAGCCUGAGGCUCAGUGAGCCCGAGAUUUGGCCUCAGUUCCCCCUUCCACAGGGAUUUUCCCGGAGGGCAGAAGCUCAUGGAGAUGGGGCAUCUGAAGUAGCUUCACAGCUCCCUCACCUCUUGGGUCCCCCACCAGCCUCCUCACCUCCUGGGCCCCUGCAACCAAGGGCCACAUCACCUGCCAUCCCAGCUCAGAACUUAGAUCUGUAGUCCAACUGAGGAAGGAAGCAGAGCUGGGGCCUGCAGGCUCCAAAUAGCCUGAGCAGCUUAUGUGGUCUCCCCACUGGCUAGGGGGCUCCUCCAGGGCAGAAACUUGGGGGGGCCCUGUGCUGCCCCCUGGGCCGAGAAGCUGGCUCAGCCCAGCAUUAUCAGUGCCAAGCUUGGCCAGGCCGCUCUCCCAAGCCCAGGGCCUGCCCUCCAGGGUCCCUCCACUUCUCUUCACCCUCAAGGCCAGAGACCCAGCUCCUGUCACUGCCCCAGUUGUGCCAUUCCGAACACUUGGCACCAGCUCAGCAAGGGCAGGUAGGGCUGCGAUUCUGCUGGGGCAGGGAUGGCAGGUGGAGUCUGUGGGCUCCUCUCCUCAGACCUGGAGCCCCUUCUCACCCAGGCGAUGGGCACAGCCACACCAGCCCACACUCUGCCUGGCCGUGCAGAGCCCCCACUGGUCCCCAGGGAAAAGGGCAGCGAGUAC